AUGGGUCAGUCGCAUUCCAAGGGCAACGGGGGCUCCGGUGACUCGUUGCAAUCCUACCCAUCCUUCUCGAAAUCAGACACCAAGGAAUCAAUUCGUUCCUUCCGCGGUUCGAUUCGCUCGAAGAUCCCUGGCGCUCGCGGCUCUGACAGCCCCCGAGGCUCGACUACCGCCCUAUCUCAGACCGAUAGUAUACCAGACAAGUCCGAUGCUGGUUCGACAAAGUCGUUUGGCAGCCGACCAGGCUCCAACGCUGGUCUUCCUCAGUCUCCCGGGUCUGAACUCCCCUCGCGGACAGGCUCCCCCGAGCCCCCGCCAUCCCCUUCUCUUUCAUCAAGCUUGAAGCGAGGUCAUAAAGAUGUGAACGCGAUGCAGCAGAGUGGUGAGGUGGAUCAUGUGUCUGAAGGCCCGCCUCAAGGUGCACCGACCACCACUCCAGUUGUGGGUGAAUCCAUCUUGAUGAAGAGAGAGAACCAGCUGAAUCCCAUUCUGGAUUUCAUUCUGAAUGCCCCAAUUGAGACCUCUGGGUCACCAGGAAUGGGAAUGGGCGCCUUGAAGUCCAUUGACCUGGAUGACAUGAUUUCACGGCUCUUGGAUGCUGGCUAUUCCACCAAAGUCACCAAGACUGUAUGCCUAAAGAAUGCUGAGAUCACCGCGAUUUGCUCGGCAGCCCGUGAACUUUUUCUUUCGCAGCCAGCGCUAUUGGAGCUGUCUGCACCUGUCAAGAUUGUUGGCGAUGUUCAUGGCCAAUAUACCGAUUUGAUUCGUCUUUUCGAAAUGUGUGGAUUCCCACCGGCGUCAAACUAUCUCUUCCUCGGUGACUAUGUCGACCGUGGAAAGCAGAGUCUGGAGACUAUUUUGCUUCUGAUGUGCUAUAAGCUCAAGUAUCCGGAGAAUUUCUUCUUGCUUCGCGGAAACCACGAGUGUGCCAACGUUACUCGAGUUUACGGAUUCUAUGACGAGUGUAAGCGACGAUGCAACAUCAAGGUCUGGAAGGGCUUUAUUGAUACAUUCAAUUGUCUCCCGAUCGCUGCUAUUGUUGCAGGCAAAAUUUUCUGCGUUCAUGGCGGACUGUCGCCUAGUUUGUCGCAUAUGGAUGAUAUUCGGGGCAUUGCCCGACCUACCGAUGUUCCCGACUAUGGGUUGCUGAACGACCUCUUGUGGAGUGACCCCGCAGAUAUGGAGGAAGAUUGGGAACCCAACGAACGUGGUGUGAGUUAUUGCUUUGGCAAGAAAGUUAUCAUGAACUUUUUGCAGCGGCACGACUUCGAUUUGGUGUGUCGCGCCCAUAUGGUUGUUGAAGAUGGUUAUGAGUUUUACCAGGACCGAAUCUUGGUCACCGUCUUUUCAGCGCCUAAUUAUUGUGGCGAGUUCGACAACUGGGGAGCUAUCAUGUCCGUUUCUGGAGAGCUUCUUUGUAGUUUCGAGCUAUUGAAACCUUUGGAUUCAACUGCCUUGAAGAAUCACAUUAAGAAGGGUCGGAAAGAGAGGAACAGUAUUUUGAGCAGUCCUCCCGCCGCGCCCUCUGCCCAGAGCUUUUAGAUUGUUGAUGGUUCUCGAACCACGAGCCUUAGUCAAGGCAUCUGCAGUAUAUUGCCAUUUCAAAGUCGCCGCCGCAGUCGUCAACACAAUUUGACUUUGACCUCCACUCAACCAGUCCGCGUGGUUGCCCUGUUAGCCAUUUUUAGAAUCAUGGCCUCGGGCUGAGGUAUUACUUGGGACUUUUAUUCCAGCCCUAAAACCUCAGAUUUCAUAUGGUCAUGCUAUGGGAGCCCUUGGGAAAUAUUUCGAUUCGAUCCGACACGCGCAGGGAACAAAAUUUUCAAUAUAUGUGCAACCAAGCGCAUCCCACGAACCGAGGUUGUUUUUCGACGCACGGAGGAUUCAGUUCGGGUUCAUUCCGGGUUGUAUCCUGGGCAUCUAUUAAGUAUCCUGGUAUACCCGGGUGCUUAGAUGUUCUGCACAGUGUACUCCUUGCAGUCCACUCCGGCCCUCUCUUGCGAGGACAAGCCCUUCCAGCUCAGCUGGUCUGAUUCGCCCUUGGGCUACCUCGCUGCUGGCAGUGCUAUUCUCUACUCCUGACUUGAUUUCUUUUUCUGUGUAUCUACUCUUUUAUCUUACAGAAUUUGGUGUUGGAGGGAUCCUUCUUGCCUUUAAUGCAUUAUGUCGCUUCGGUGGCGUUGAUACGGAA